AUGAUCUCCAAGCUUGUCCUCCUCGCUCUUCCGCUGGUCAGCUUCGCUGCCCCAACCGUCAAGCACAUCGACGGCGACAUCACCUUCUACCACCCAGGCCUCGGCGCCUGUGGCAAGGACAACGGCGACAGCAGCAUGGUUGCCGCCAUCCCAGCUGCGCUCUUCGACUCUGAGGACCUCUGCGGCAAGGUUAUCACCCUCAAGGGUGACAAGGGCAUCGUCAAGGUCACUGUUGUCGACCGCUGCGAGGCCUGCGCCGAGAUCGAUCUCGAUGUCUCUCCUGCUGCUUUCCAGUGGGCCAUUGGCUCGCUCGACAUUGGUCGCGGCAAGGGAACUUGGUCUUUCGACUAA